CGCUAUUAGAAGUGUGAGAGCCCAGCAGGACUCAGAGGGGAGAGUUGGAGAAAAAGGCAGAAAAGGGAAAGAAAGAGGAAGAGAGAGAGUGAGAGAGGCUGAGCAGACCCUGAUGGCUACAGACGAAGUUACAGGAGGGGCUCGCAAAGCUACGAAAAGCAAACUUUUUGAGUUUCUGGUCCAUGGGGUGGUGAGUCGGGAAAGUUAGUGAGCUGGCUGGCUCUGAAUAGAGGGAUGAGUGGAAACUGGAGGCUCUGUGCUGGGCUGGAUCGGCUCCUGCAGUGUGCUCCUGGGGCGCUGGUAACUGCCUUGCCAGGAGAGCACCGGGGUCUGUAAAGCCCCCAGAAUAUGCACUGAUUCAUUGAUGAUAUAGGCUUGUGUCUGGGGGGAUGUGUGCUGUGAUUUUUGCUUUGAUUCUCCAUGAAUGGUGAAUAGCGUGCUUUUGAGCCUGAUCAUGGUGCAGAAUCUGCACUGGAUCUGACCCAAAUGGGCUUGUAGGACACUUUGUUCUGUAAUCAAACUUGUGUUUUGAAAAACAAUUCUGAUGAAAGCCUGAUGAAGCCUUGUGGUACUGCCUCUGGUUCUUGUCUCCAGUCUUGGCUCGUGUGUAUCCUCUGGCUACUUAACAGGUGACUUUCAGGGGCUUGAAGAGAUUAGCUCUGCAGAUCUGCAACGGUCUAUGGGAACUCACCCAGGAGAGAAUUUCAGGGUGCCAUGCUUAAUUAAAGCAACCCUUCAGCGACCUGGGAUGCCAUCAGGAGCUCGAAUGCCCCAUCAGGGGGCUCCCAUGGGUCCCCCAGGCCCUCCAUACGUUGGAAGCCCCUCAGUGCGACCUGGGAUGCCCCAGACUGUGAUGGAAACAACAAGAAAACGCACGGCACCGCAGCAGGUCCAACAACAGCAGGUGCAGCAGCAAGUGCAACAGCAGCAGCAAGCCACUCAGAACCGAACUAGGAGUGCCAAGAGGAGGAAGAUGGCUGACAAAAUUCUCCCUCAGAGGAUCCGGGAGCUGGUUCCUGAGUCCCAGGCCUACAUGGACCUGUUGGCCUUUGAACGCAAACUAGACCAGACCAUUAUGCGGAAGCGUGUGGAUAUUCAGGAAGCGCUGAAGAGGCCAAUGAAGCAAAAGCGGAAACUGAGACUUUACAUCUCCAACACAUUUAAUCCUGCAAAAUCUGACGCUGAUGACUCUGAUGGCAGUAUUGCUUCAUGGGAGCUGCGAGUGGAGGGGAAGCUCCUGGAUGACCUCAGCAAACAGAAACGGAAAUUUUCAUCUUUUUUUAAGAGUUUGGUUAUUGAACUGGACAAAGAUCUUUAUGGACCUGACAACCAUCUUGUGGAGUGGCACAGAACUCCCACAACCCAGGAAACGGAUGGCUUCCAGGUGAAAAGACCCGGUGAUGUCAGUGUGCGGUGCACAUUACUCCUCAUGUUGGACUACCAGCCUCCACAGUUUAAACUGGACCCACGAUUAGCCCGUUUGCUGGGGAUACACACGCAGACCCGAUCAGCCAUCAUCCAGGCUCUCUGGCAGUACAUCAAAACAAAUAAGCUGCAAGACUCCCAUGAUAAGGAAUACAUUAACUGCGACAAGUACUUCCAGCAGAUCUUUGACUGUCCACGGCUAAAGUUUUCUGAAAUUCCUCAGAGACUCACUAACCUGCUGCUACCACCAGACCCUAUAGUGAUAAACCAUAUAAUCAGUGUUGACCCCAACGAUCAGAAGAAGACGGCUUGUUAUGACAUAGAUGUAGAAGUUGAAGACCCAUUAAAGGGACAGAUGAGUAGUUUUCUUCUCUCAACAGCUAAUCAACAAGAGAUUACAGCAUUGGACAACAAGAUUCAUGAGACAAUUGAAUCCAUAAAUCAGUUAAAAAUACAACGUGAUUUCAUGCUGAGUUUCUCCAAAGAUCCCAAAGGAUACAUCCAAGACCUUCUCCGGUCCCAAAGUAGGGAUCUUAAGGUGAUGACUGAUGUAGUUGGAAACCCAGAGGAAGAACGCAGAGCUGAAUUUUAUCAUGAACCAUGGUCUCAAGAGGCUGUGAGCAGAUAUUUCUACUGCAAGAUCCAGCAGCGCCGGCAGGAACUGGAACAAUCUCUGGGAGUGCGCAACACAUAAGUCCUGCUCAUAAGAUCCCAUUGGCAUCAUGACCACCAAACCAGUGGACUUUUCAGUGUUACUUAGCUCACUGUUACACAUGGACCUGCUUCCUGACUGGAUGAGAAUGUACCAUCAACACACCAGUCAGAACACCAGCUUUAGAGUGACCCUUGAAAAUCUUGCCCACGGGGGGGGUGUCUCAAACCAUUCCAGGCCAGAGACAGCGCCAUACAUGUGUCAGUGUUAAAGAAGAUUAAAGGUUCAUUCAUCAACACACAUCAUUAAGUUUUAGUGGAAACUUCAGCCACUACACAGCAAAUCCUAAUGGGCUAUGCAUAGAAUCAUGGGUAGCAUUGAUGGGGGAGGUUGAGAUGGGUGUUAUAGGAGACUACAGAUUUAGAGAAAUAAAUACAGUUCCUAUCCUAUGUUACCUAAGAGUCUCAAAUAGUAACUUCUCUGGAAUUAGACAAGAUAGUCUUCAUCAUAGCUAUGGAAUGCUUUAUAUUCCUGAGUAGAGUUUUUAUUCCAGCUGGAGCAGUGCAAGAAGCCAUCUCACCAUAUGAAAGAACAAACUAGGAGGUUUUUCAUUCCUGGAAUGAAGAGCCCCUCUGAAAGAAAGAAGUAUAGUCAGGACAUCUCUUCUGCAAACUCUAAUACUUCCUCUUUCCCUUGCCCCUGCAGUGAAAGGUAGACUGAAUUACGUUAUCACUAGAUGGGUGUGAUGAAUGUGCUGUACUGAGAGGAAGAGAAUUAUCCCUGGGAUAAGAGCUUCUUAGGCAUCCUUAAUAUCAGUGGUGUUAGCAAAGCUGAGGUUGAAGCAAGAAAUGAGGCAUUCUGAGAAAAUGAAAAUAAUUUAAUGGUGCUUUGCUGAUACCUGCCUUGAACAGACCAGAUAUUAACAGUAGGCAUAUAUGUAAAAUAUGAGAUUUCUUUAAUGUUUCUCUGUGUGCCAGUAGGGAUCAGCACUGAAAAGAACUUUACUAAUUGUUAAGUCAGUGCGGAAUCCAAGAAGCUUAACUUCAUAUAAUAUGGCAGUUUUCUCUUUACUUCAAGAUGUUAACAGAGUCCCUGGAUUGGUCUCACAUUUUGUUCAUAGGUGAACUGCCUCUUACUAUGAAUUAUUUAGUUCCCCCAUACAUAAUACGUACUGGUUAUAUAGGAUGCUGUUGAGUUAUAAAGCACUAUCAGCCUUAAAUAGCACAGAGAAUAUAUCCCUUGGAAACCAUCUUCUUUGUAAAUGUACAACAAAUUCAGACUAUGGGAAUUUAUACCAUUAUUUUCUUGGAAGCAGGGACAUCUUCAUUAAAUCCUUUCCCCCCCGCCCCCUCAUUUUUGUAGUGUAUAAACUAGUUUGUAAUUAAUGGUCCAACAUGAUUUCUAGUCCAAAAAGCAGCUCCCAAAGUAUAACUCUUUGUCCAGAUGAUGUGGCAUUCAAAAUCCUCUUCUAGGUUACUCCUUUUCAUCUCCUUUCUUUCACUUUCUUGGAAAGAGAAUCGAAUUCACAUGUGGUAUGGAAGGGAGGCAGCUCUUCUGAAUAAUGCAUUUUGCUGUAGUAUUGUCCUUUUCUGCUAUCUUCGCCAAUUUCUUUCUUAGUUGAACUUAAAAGUUUCUUCCGUCCAGUCACAGAAGAGAUAGUCUUCUCUUCCACCCCUUUAUUUAGUACCUCUGCUUUCACAUGAAUAGUGCCAUAGCUUUUACUCUGUCCAUUGUGUUCAGAGAUGUCUUGGAAAAUUUACAUUCAAUUGGGGUCAUAUGAUGGCAGCACCAUCACGCACAACCAUCGGUGUAAGAAAAAUCAUGUCUGUACCUCUUUGCCUGAGGCCUUUUACCGUGAAUGGCUUUGUUUAGAACUCUUUUGUGUUAAAGCCUCUUUUUACAGUAAAACUUGAAAUCUUAUUUACUUUAGGACUCCACUAUUUGGACUACAAGCAAGCAUUAUGAGGGAAAACGGUGGGGGUCAUCUGCUACUGUGCUUCCAUAUUUAUUAUGCUGCUGUGUCAGUUGUUUGCAUGCUGUCCAGUGUAUAAAACUCUUUUCUGUAUGUGGUGAACAGAGCAGCUACAUUCAGGGGAUGCAUUCAGUCUCCAGGAAUAAGAAAUGCAGAGAAAGAUCUGCAAGGAUGUGAGAAGGGCAUGGGACUGGGAUAGAUGCCUGCAGGAUGUCUGCCAGGGAAUUCUGGUUUUUGAGAACUUUCCCAUUGAAGUGGCAAAUAUUUGUACAGCGAAAUUUCAGUCACGUGCCACAGCUGGCAACGUAAUGGAGUCCAGCCUGCUUUUAGAACCUCUUAGUUGGAUGGAUCUGUUUCCAAGUCUCUUUCAGAGCAAAUUAACAAAACUAAUGUGGCAUUGCUGCCCAGUAUUCACAAGAGCGUCACUGGAAGAUGAAUCUGUGUUAAGCACCAACGUUAUACUGAAGUGAGAGACUGUGCGCGUGCAUGCAUGAGUCAGCCACUGAAGAUGGCUACCCAAAAAUCUGAAUUCUUAUAUCCCACUCUCCAUAUUCAGACUGUACAUAAAAAUACUGGUCACCAACAGCGAGUCUUAGGAAUAGCUGUCAGGUGUCUCUGGUUAAACCAAGGUUUGAGAUUUUCAUAGAAUCAUAGGAUGGUUUGGGUUGGAAGGGACCUCAAAGAUCACCUAGUUCCAACCACCCUGCCGUGGGCAGGGACACCCUCCACUAGACCAAGUUUUUGAUUCUUUUUUCCUGUGUUCAGAAGCAGUUCAGCCCUUUUACUGAAAAGAGAGACAAAUUUUGUCCUCUCUUCCAGGAGUGCAGCCAGGAGCUUGCUUGUUUGCAAGAAAAAAAAAGAGAAAUUAUAUUUGAAUAGAAAUAAUGGAGCAAUACUGGGAGGAACUGGACCAAAUGCUACUUGGGCAUUCAAAAAUGAAAGGCAGUGGUACUGAACAGGCAUGUAAUUGUGGCAGAUUGUGAAUGAUAAAUUCAUUUUAAGUUCAGGAUGGUUGUCUUUUUGUGAGUAUAAAAGAUGACAAGAAGAUGUUUUGGGGUCUUCCGUUGCUGCCACGGUACAAUACAAAUCUGUGCAUACUGCAAAAAAACCCAUUCUGUGCAUAGAAGUAGUUAAUGUAUAGACGAUAAUAUAGAUUGUUAGAAAACACAGCAUCAAACUAGGAGAGGGUUAAAACAGAAUGCUGGAGUACCAAUAGAAGGGAAAUAUAUCUUGGAGCUGAGGUGUUGACAUGGCAGGUUUGAAACACUCAGUCCUUUGUGCAAUUGGCCAUGAGUCAAGAUUUAGACCAAGUGUUUCAUAGAAAUUAAAGGGAAAACAAAUGUUUGGUUAUGGAAUAGAAAGAAGAAUACAGCAGUGGAAAAAGGAAUAAAAAGAUGGAGUGGAGUGCCACUGAAGUGCCAGUAAGACAUAGCACAGGCUAACGUGCAGAGUACUGUUGGAAAUAGCACAGUCCAUGUGAGUCAAUGUAUUUUGUGUGCAGGUGUGUAUGUAUACAUGUAGAGAGCAUGUGGGGGAGAGACAGUCUCAACUUGUACGUCCCCUGGGAAAUGAGUGCAGGACAGAACCAAAUGUUCUGCAAAUAACUUUGAGACACAUUGUCAAAACGUUUUCCAUUGUUAUCAACAGGGAUUCAGUUGUUCGACUUAGCAGGGUUGGUAGUUGUAGUCCAGACAUUGUUUCAGCUGGCCAGUUUUUUACACCGCAUUGUUUAGAAUUUCUCCUAUGGAAGCUUACUAGUGCAUAUUUCAAUAUUGGUGCAUAUCCUAGGGCUCCUAAUUUUGCCAAAAUGCUAGUCAGGUAUUGGGGAUUUUUUGGCCUGUUUUUGUGUUGAGAACCCUUUUAUGGCAGUGCAAAUAGAUGAGGGGAAAAGAAAGCUCGUUUUUUUUCCUGAAGAAAGAGGUCUCCUUUCUGUAACUGCUCUGUUGUUUAAUAGGAUGUGUCCAUUCUGCCAGAUCCUGUAUGAUAAACACCUUUUCCAAUCUCACUGAAGAGAGGACUCCAUUAAAAAAUACAACUGUGGGUUUGUGAGAGUGAGCAAAUACGUGUAUAAAGGGGGGGGGGGGAGAGUGUCCCUCUGUAGCCACCAUACCUUCAUUGUAUGAUGCCGAGUGAUUCGUAGGAAAGCUUUUAACAAUAAAUACUUUGUUUCUUUGUA